AUGGGACUUGAAUCCGAUGUGCUAGGAAGAUGGUAUUAUCUAGCAGAGCUCACGUACGAUAACGCUCUGGCGAGGAACAUUUCUCAGUCAGGUAUCCCAAAACCUAGAGCUGUUUGGGAAGUAGCGUUCGACUGUGAUCACUAUCCAGUUCUCAACUUCAAAGGAGUUCCACAAGAGAAACUGAGGAGAUCCUCUUCAACCAAAAAUCGACAUGUCUUCAACACUGGCAAAGGAAAGGCUGUCGGUGAAGCAACCCCUCCAAUUUGGAGGGAACACUUCAAGACCUUGCUGAACCGGCAAGCACCGUCAGCUCCUGAACUCGAUUGGCCACUUCCAGAGCCGUGUACGGUAGUCAUGGAUUCGUGUCGCGUAUGUGGAGAUGGGAACGCGAAAACACACUAUGGUGUUGUCACAUGCUUCGGUUGUAAAGGAUUCUUUCGCCGAACCCUUAAACGGCCUUCGGAGUACCAAUGUCGUCAUAAUGGUACGUGUGUGGUGGAUCGACAUGAGCGUAAUUCAUGCAGAUAUUGCCGAUUUAAGAAGUGCAUCGAAGUUGGAAUGGAUCCAAAAGCGGUCCGUCCCGAUCGAGACGCAACCGGACGCCAUUAUCAGGGAAGACAACGUCGUUCGAAACUGAGCGCCGAUGAUGAAGGUGAAGUGGAUGCGGAAUGGAUGCGUAAACUUCCCGUCGACAUGCGAACUACGCUCAUGCAAAUCAUGAAUAUUGAUCUGAUGGUAGGAGGAGGAGAUGGAAACAUUGAUGGUAUGCAGCUGUAUCCGUUGAAUUUUACCUCUAUACGACAAGUGUUGGAAGAUCCGUCUGUUCUCGAUGGAAAACGGACAGAGAUGCGGUAUGAUUCAUUCCGUGAGGUAGAACCCGAAGAGCUUCCAGCAAUUGCUCAUCGUAAUUUAAUUUCUGCUAUUGAUUGGGUUGAUCAUCUUUUUGACAUUAUGGAUAUUCAAAAUCUCGAUGACAAGGUGGCUACCGUAAAGUAUUCAUUCGCACCGUUGAUGGUAUUCUGCUACAGUGUUAUAACGGCAAAAACCACAAAACAACAGGAUGUUGUUAGUCUUUGCAAUUUUGGUCACGUAAAACGAGGCUGUUGUACACGAUGGAAUGAACCAUAUCAUUUUGGCAACCGGCUUGCGGAACGUUCACUGGACGAGCUAAUAUCACCUUUCCGCCGAAUGAAUAUCAAGGAAGAAGAGAGUGCUUUGAUAAAAGCGAUUAUCCUCACUAAUCCUUAUAUCAAAGGACUAUCGGCGGAAGCAUCCGAAGCUAUUGCUGAUAUGAGGGAUAGAAUUCAGGAGACACUUUACCAUGUGGUCAGAGAGACCCAUCCUAAGGAGGUGGCGUCAUCGCGGUUUGGAAACUUGCUGCUAUUCAUUCCGAGUGUUAUGAUGCUCGGAGCUCUGGUUUGCGAGAAUCUUCAAGUCGUUGACUCUUUUGGACAUAUGCCAGAUCUACUAAUGCACGAUGUUCUUCGAGAAAUUAUCGUCGAAAGAAAUCAGCAGAACCAAAAUUCAAAUGAAACGUAUGAAGAUUCGGAUUCUCGUCAAUUCGAAACUAGUAUGUUACAUUCGGCUUCAUCGACAUCAGUCGAGUCUCUCUCUAACUAUAGCGGUGUCUAUUCGUACGAAAAUAGUGGUCAAGGAAUGCCCUAUAACUUCUCAAGCAAUUCUCUUCCCUCGACAAUGUCAAAUUUCCAAGUUGCCAUCAACAGUACCUCAUCGAUGCCCAACUUAGAUCACAUGCCAGAGUGUGAUCCAGAUUAUAACAUCACUCUUACACCCGAUAUGUACUGUGAUAUGCGUCAAGCAAUGUCAUUAACAAACAACAUGGACACAUCGGUAGAUGUUGGGCACUUGAACAGGAGUAGCAAUGAUUCCGUUCCGAACAGUCCAGGGAUAGAUUCACGACCUUCAUUUUACAUAGAGAGCAGUCGUCAUACAUUCACAGUUACAACAAAUGUGGAUAACAGGUUACCAUCGUAUCAAGGAAUGCCAUGUCAGAAUAACUCAAACUCAAUCCAUCAACCAAUGAUUAUUCAAGAACAAAAUGGGCAACCGCAUCAACAGCAUCUAUGCAAAUCCAACUCCCUUCCUCUACAAUACUAUGAUUGUGACCAAUUCAACAAUCAACAGACUAUGGAAUAUGACGAUGGAUACUAUCAAUAG